UAAUGGGUUGUGCUUAAGUUGUGAAUCAUUCUUAAGAAGUUUACUAACCAUCUCAAUUAGAAAGAAAGCAGUCAAAAAAGACAACUAUGGAAUUAACUAAAAAUGAUUAUGAUUCUCCAAUAAUUUUUCCACUCACAAUGCCUUUAGGAUUUGGAAAAUAUAGGAAAUCAUAGAGAAAUUCAACUGGAAUGAAACUUAAAAACACAAUGAAUGUAGAAAUUUCUCUAGACAGUAGUAAAAAUACAAUACUUAAAAGGAGAACGACUCUGAAUCAUUAUUCCUGAUUUUUGAAUAUAACCUUCUUUAAUAAUCUAAACCUUCA